GCUCUACUACUUUGCUCAUCGAUCUCUUCUCGGCUAGCGGCUAUGCUAGGCGCACGUACUACACAGCUGCUUGCUGAGGUCGAUCCUGUCGUCUUUGGUGGCCGGCCACUGAAUUAUAGGAGCAGCAGUAUAUAGCUAUAUCCGGCAGUGAUCGAUCGAUCGAGACGAUCCAAUAAUUAAUGGCGGCGCGCUGGACGACGACGUCCGCUCGCCUGGCGCCGCUCGCCGUCGCCUUCGUCGUGCCGUGGCUGUGCUACGUGCUGGAGGCGGCCGAGGGGGCGCCGUGGUUCUGGCCACCGAUCGGCGGGGGCGGCGACGACCCCUACUGUCUGACAUGGCGCGUGAUGGUGGAGGCGAACAACGCCAAGGGGUGGCGCACGGUGCCGGCGCAGUGCGUGGGCUACGUCCGCGGGUACAUGGCCUGGGGCCAGUACCACCGGGACGUGGCCGCCGUCGCGGAGCAGGCGGCCGCCUACGCCACCCAGGUCGCGCCGCCCGCCGGUGGCGACGGCCUCGACGCCUGGGUGCUCGACGUCGAUGACACCUGCCUGUCCAACCAGCCCUACUACCAGGUGAAACAGUUCGGGGCGUAUGAUCCUGUGGCUUUCAGGGCGUGGGCGAGCAGGGCGAUCUGCCCCGGGAUACCUGCGAUGCAAUGGCUGUUGCAGACGCUGAGAAGCAGAGGGUUCAGGGUGUUCGUGGUGACCGGGAGGGAUGAAGAGACCCUGGGCUCCUGCACGGCCGCCAAUCUCGCCGCCGCCGGCUUCUCGGGGUACGACCGCCUCAUCAUGAGAGGCGCUUUGCACCGUGGGCAGAGCUCGGUGGCGUUCAAGUCGGCGGUGCGGAGGCAGCUGGUGGAGGAGGAGGGGUACCGGAUCCGCGGCAACGUGGGCGACCAGUGGAGCGACCUGCAGGGCGACUACGCCGGGGACCGUGUCUUCAAGGUGCCCAACCCCAUGUACUUUGUCCCAUGAUCUCACCUCACCACCCGCGGUCGAGAACAACGGAGGUGAUGGAUCUCAUCAGGUUCAGAUUUGCCGAUCGAUGAGCUAGCUGCUUGGUGCUUGCAGUUCGUGUAUGUGUUUCACAUACAGUACGUAUACGCAGACAAAACAAAACGGGACCAACUAACCCGGCAACACAGAAAAGAAUUGGGCCCGUCACGAAAGGCGUUUGGAUGGACGCUUCAUUUAAUUUGUGCCCUAUACUAGUAAUCGCUCCAUCAUAAAAAGAAAAAAAGAACGUG